UUCAGCAAUGCCAUCAGAAAUGACGACGAACUCGACGGAGAACGAAAGACGGGAAUCACGGGCCGAGAGCUGCGACAUGAUUCUCACGCCAUCGACGCGUCUCAGACCUGAACCACCACCAUCCAGUGUCCGCACGCAAGUCUGCGUGUCACCAAUCGAACUUCCGGGAUUUUGUCACACUAGGCGAAGUGCUUGCGGUUAUCUUCUUGUUACCCGCAAUAAAAAGCACCCUCAUGGCAUCCAUUCCUCCAGAACUUGUGUUGGAAAUCCUGACAUACAUAAGUGGAUGCGGUGACGAUCUUAGGGCAUGCUGUCUCGUCUGUCGUGCUUGGCGUCAGCUUGCCCAACCCUUUGUCUUUUCCGAAUUAUCCUUGUCCCUCGAAUCGCAUUGCCACCCUUGGAACCGGAAAUUUUCCAUAUAUCCUCAUCUCGCCCAGUACGUCACUCGCCUGGACCUAUGGGGUGGAAACUGGGGAAGCCCAGAUACUCUAUCGUUUGUCGAAGCUCAACCUCCAUUUCUCCAAGGUCCUGCGACAUCGAAGCUCAUACGCCAGCUUCCAAAUAUCAAGUAUCUGAAAAUCUACGACUUUUUCUUACCAAGCGAGAGGGAGAUAGAAGUUCUGUGCCAUUUUACGCGGCUGGAGUGGCUGGAAAUGCACGAGGUGAUGUUCAGCCAACCAGCGGAUCUGUUGGAUUUCAUGUCGCAAUCGGUCAAUCUGAAGGGCCUCCAUAUCACGGACACAGAGGUCAGGAGUCCUACCAAAGGACCGAUUGGUCCUUUACUCCACAAUCACGUCGACGCCGUUCCAAAACGGCUAAGGAAUCUGAAGCUCCAAGACCCCACUGAAAGCCUGUAUAUCGUCUCUUGGCUUUUAGGAGGAGCCUUUGAUCUCGGUGAUCUCACCGACCUCACCUUAUCUUGGAAAUCAUUCCAGAUAAAGCGCGAUCCUGGACCUCAAUCUUUUUCCUAUAUCGAUCCUUUUAUAAACUCGGUCGGUGCAGGGAUCAAACGUCUACGACUCAAUAUUGAAACUUUGGAGCACAACUCGGAAGUGCACGUUAAUUAUAUGCUAGAACACUUCAUCUCGAAGAGAGCGUUGGGCAGCUUUACAGCGCUAGACACCCUGGAAGUCCACUCAAUAAAUCGCUAUAUCAACAAUGAUGCAGGUCAUUUAGUUGACAUUGAACGUCUUCUCCACCACACCAUGCUCCCAAACCUUCGGAAAAUAUGCAUCACGACGCGGUUCACCCUGAACACUGCCGACGAUCUUCCAUCCUACAAAGAGCUUCCUGUCUGGGCUAGUCUUGAUGGACUCCUUGCCAGCUCACAGUUUCCGUCUUUUCAACAGCUUCUGUUACUCAUCGAGGUGAAAAAUAUCCAUUGGGAUGCUUACAAGUUCGGACUGAGAUUCGAAGACUCCGAUUCCGAUGAUGAAGCUGCUCCCAGUGUUGUUAUCCCUCCGCUGGUCACCAGACAUCCGUGGCCAGAGCAUCUCCCAACGGUGGACGAUGUCGCCGCGAUGAUCACAGAGCAAAUGCCGACAUUGGCGUCUCGAGGAUGUUUGCUAUUCCGCCCUGCUAAGAUGGGCCGAUUCUAAUGUAUCGGAGAAGUGCAUUUAGAAGAAGUGCUUCUACUCGAUUCUAUCAGAUUGUCUUCUUUGAAUGUGAUAUCUAUAAACGGACUAUAUACAAUCGAUCUCAUUGCCGGUAACGUUCAAUACUUUCUCUCACGGACCCUACUUUAUCAUUCUAUGUGAUAAGGACGAAGCAGGCAAGGCCGUUGACACGGGGCAAGGAUAGGCGCCG